AAACGUGAAAUGCAUUUUUAGCAGUGUCCUUAUGGAUUUUUAAAUCUUAGUAACAAUGGACUGGUGGUGCUGUUGACACGAUUCUGAUUUGCCUUCCUUACCUUAUAACAAAAUUUGAGUUUUGGACGGCUCUGACACUAAACUUCUUGUCGGUACGUCAUCAAAAAGAGCGAGGCUGCACACAGCUGAUACCCACAUCCUCGCUGCAGUCCCUUGGAUAGUGAAGUAUGUCAACAGCGUUGAACAGGGAAAGUGAUAUAUCAUUAGUUGGCUGUAAUAUACCUGAAACGAUUAACUUGUAAAAUAAAUACUUUUACGUAAAAUAAUACGCCGAUCUGACAAGGCAGUCACGUGUAUUUUACAGACACACAGUGUAAUAUUCGCUGCCCAGAACGAGCCAUGUGUCAGAUCCACGAGGAAUAUCAGGACCAUAUGGUGGAAAACACAAGUAUUCCCAGUAUUUCUCAGAAGUGCGUGAAAUGCAAAGAAGGCUCGGCAGUGCUGGUUAUCCGUGUUGGAGACGCCUUUUGCAGGUUCUUCUGGCCUUGUCAGGUGGUCCUGCUUCAAGUUCCAUGCUUUCCCAGGUCCAGGAGGGUUUGAGCCGUGAAGCUCCAAAGAAAUUAAGAUUUAUACCGGGAAUAGUCUACAUUGAUGAAGGGUCUGCCUGUGGUCAGAGCCUAGAAGAGCGAGCAGGAAGAAUAGCCCAGAUGGAGUCUAUAUUCCAAGCCACAGGAUUCCCUUUCUACGUUGUUCACCUGGAGGAAGUCUUCCGCCUGCCCAGUUCAGUUCUGCAGUGCGUCUCCUCAAUCCCAGGCAAGCCGGGGGGGUCUUAUAAAGCUGCUGUAGACCAGUUCAUCCAGCUCAGUACAAACACCCAGACAGAGAAGAGCAAUGCCUUUGCAUCCCAGGACUCCCAGCUGUUCGAAGCCCAAUCCAGGCUUUCUGAGCUCUCUACCCAGGACAGGCCUGAGGAAGAGGUUCGAACAUCCGGUGGGAGACCCUUCACCUUCACGCUACAGGAAACCAAGGCUGUGGAGAGACUGCUGGACUCUGUAAAAACUCUGACGGCUAAAGAGCAGAUACUGCAGAUGCUGAGGCACCAUCUGAUUGUGCACACAGCCCGGGUUAAGGGUUACUCUAAGGUGAUGAUGGGAGACAGUUGCUCUCGCCUGGCAGUGAAGCUCCUUAGUAACAUCUCCCUGGGCCGGGGCGCCUCUCUGGCAAUGGACACGGGUUUCUCUGAUCCCCGAUACGGAGAUAUUACCAUCAUCAGGCCCAUGAGGGAGUACUCCUCCAAGGAAAUUGCUUUCUAUAAUAAGAUGUUUGGGGUUUCGUCCGUUUUCAUUCCAAACCUCGGCACGAAGGCACCUGAAAAGGCCAGUAUUCAGCGCCUGACUGAGAGCUUUGUCAAUAAACUUCAGAUGGACUUCCCCUCCACAAUAAGCACUAUUUACAGGACCAGUGAGAAGCUGAACACUGCCUGCCCACAACUGAGCAGCGACCAAGAGCAGGCUGAGAGGUGCCUGCUGUGCCUGUGUGCUCUGGACACUGGAGCAGCGGAGGCCUCUGCCUUUCGUGCCACCUUGGUCUCGGAGCAGCUGUCGCAGAAGAGCUGCCCUGAGCCUCCGCCGGGGCUCUCGGCUCCCGGACUGCAGCGCCGCCCUGCAGGAGACGAGCGGACUGACUGCUGCGGGUCUGGAGGAGGGAGCCGCUGCUCUGCGGACGAGGAUGCCUCUUCUCCUGACCCUAGGAGCCUCCUGUGUUACAGCUGCAGACUGAUCAUCAAAGACAUGACCUCGGUAGAGACACUUCCUCCAUAUAUUGUGUUAGAAACUGAACACAGGAGGCGAAGGGCUCAGAUGAGAGAGGAGAUCAGCGAGUUCCUUCUGGAUCCUGCGCAGGAGUGAGAAGGCCUGAGGUUUUCCAGCAGGAGGACACCGCUGUAUCAGCGCCAUGUGUUCAGUUGUCUGCUCAGGCUCUGCGCUGCUUUAGAGAGCAGCUGACUCCAUCGGAGAGACUCCUAUACAUGCUCAGGCACCCUCAUGGGUUCAGUCCCUUCUUAUGGUUGAAUACACAACUCUAAAUGAUCAAAUCAACCCAAUGUUCAAGUGCAGGCUAUAUUCCUUUUAAAUGUGAACUUGAACUUGCCUUUUAACAUGUUUUUUAGAACUGCUUACCCUCCACCUCCCUUAAUCUAUCUGUCUGCUUUUUAGAAAGCCAAGGCUGAUUUUUAUGUUUUUUAACUCGGUUGUUAAAAUCCCCAUUCACAAUUCUUUUUAUCAUCAUUUUAAAUGGUAGCACCGUGUUCCUGUUUGAAUAUCCCAUGCAUUUGUGUACUGUUUGCUCUGUUAUUUUAACUAUAACUGUAUUAGAAUGGUUCCUUUUCCAGACAGUUAUAAACAUUUUUUUAGUUUAAAGUACAGUAGAUGACGUUAAGAAUAUGGCUUUGUUUUACUUUAAAGACGCUCUGCCAUUUCACAUCAAUAUAAUCUUUAUUGAAUGGCAGUAGGGCAGUUUUGGUACCAUUGUCAUCACUACGUGACCAUAUAACCAUCAUUUUCUGUAAGGUUUAACUUAAUUAUGCAGACAGAUGUUUUUUUUUUUAUAAAGAAAAAACGUGUACUUUAAGAUGUAUAAUAAAUUGUUUUGCAGUG